AUGUCAAUGUCCGAUAAGAGCACACGUGUGGCCUUUGGUCCUUGGGGGCUUGUCAAGGAGGUCUUCAACUGGUAUCCCUCGAAUUACCCGGCACAUGAGCGGAGGAUGCUCUUCAAGCUGGAUCUGUCCAUCUUGGUGUUUGCCUGUCUCUGCUUCUUCGUCAAGUAUCUCGAUCAAACCAACAUCAGCAAUGCCUAUGUCAGUGGCCUGAAGGAAGACUUUCAACUUUAUGGGAACCAACUCAACUACUGUAACACCUGUUAUAUCACGGCAUAUGUCGUGUUCCAGGUCCCGGGGUUGUUGUUGAUGUCUCGUCCCAAACUAGCUCGAUGGCUGCUUCCAUCUCUCGAGAUUCUCUGGGGAGUGUGUACAUUUGCACAGAGUCGCGUCACCAAUAUCCAGCAGCUGUAUGCGCUUCGCUUCCUGGUCGGCAUGUUCGAGGCUCCCGUAUUUGCUGGGACGCAUUUCAUCCUUGGAUCCUGGUACUCCGGCCCGGAGCUAUUCAAACGAGCAGGGACCUGGUUCAUCUGCAACGCUCUGGGGACGAUGGUCAGCGGCUAUCUGCAAGCAGCGGCCUACACGAAUCUGUCCGGGGUGGGUGGAAUGGCCGGAUGGCGAUGGCUGUUCAUCAUCGACGGGAUCUUCACCAUCCCCGUCGCCGUGCUCGGCUUCUUCAUCUUUCCCGGCGUUCCGGAUUCUCCACGGACCUGGAUCUUGACCGAGGAUGAUAUCAAUCUCGCAAAGGACCGCGCGCGUCGAGCGAACAUCCGCCGGCCGGAGAAGAUGAGCGUCGACGUGUUCAAGCGCAGCCUCCGGCGCUGGCAUAUCUGGGUGUUCAUUUUCAUCUACGCAUGCAUGAUCAUCUCCUCCUAUCCCGUCUCGUAUAUGAAUCUCUGGCUGCAGGCGGAGGGCUACUCGGUGGCGCAGGUGAACAAGCUCCCGACGGUGAUCUCUGCAAUCAAUAUCGUCGCCUCCUGGCUGGGAACGACCCUGGCUGCGAUCUAUCCCGCCUGGGCGCUAUACACCUUUUCUUCCGCGUGCUGUCUGUUCUCCACCUUGUGCAUGAUCAUCUGGGAUAUCCCCCGCGCGCUGAAAUUCGUCGCAUGGUACCUCUUCGGCACAUCCGGCUGUCUCAGCCCCAUCCUCUAUUCGACAGUCAACACCAUCGUGAAAGACGACUCGGAAGAGCGCGCCCUCAUCAUGGGCUCGAUGAUGACCUUCGGCUACUCGUUCCAGAUCUGGGUCCCACUGCUUCUAUUCCCCACCGCAGGCGCGGAUGGCGCACCGCGCUGGCGCAAAGGGUGGCCCGCCUCGUUUGCGUUUUUCUUCCUGCUGUGGGCUGGUUUCAUCGCAGCACUGCUCAUACAUCGAUGGUAG